UAGCUCUAAACCUUUAAAAGCACUUUUUCUGCCUUGGAAAUUCAGACACCGAAACUUAAACUAUCAAAGAUCUGAAUCAGUAGCAGCUGCUAUGAGCCUUACUGAGUCAGACUUCUCAGAAGAUGAGCAUGAGCUCAGUGGUGAACAGGAUGCUAGCAGUGAUCAAUCCUUGGAGACAUUCCAAGGGCAAGAGAGUGGGAGUGAGGUAGAGGAAGCAAAACCCAAGAAACGAAACAGACCAGUGAGGUCCAAGGCUAGAAGGAUAGCAGCCAAUGUCAGAGAACGAAAGAGAAUCUUGGACUACAAUCAAGCUUUCAAUUCCCUGAGGUUGGUCCUGAAGCAUGACUUGAGUGGCAAGAGGUUAUCCAAGAUAGCAACCUUAAAGAGGGCGAUCAACAGGAUAUCAUCACUAUCCAUGCUCUUGCACUCAAGCCCUCCACAGAAAUGUCACUUGCAAUGUGACCAGCACAGUUAUCCAGAGAUAAAGGACAGCUGUUCUCAGUCCUUUAUGAUGCCAACACAGACACAUCAAACUAUACCGUCCAAUACCAGCUAUGGAGAUAUUGCCCAUCUACAGCAACACAAUUCUCCUCACUACUCCAGACUCUCACCAGAGACUCCUUAUUUCCAUUGCCAAUAUGGGAGCCCAACGGACGACGAUUUGAUGCCCAGCUCUGCUUACUACACCCAUGGGAAUUACAACAUUGGUAUUAGGAAUACCUGCUUCCAGAAUCAUAUAGACAACCUUAUUGAGCCUUCUACUGGACCCUUACCCUGGCAGUUUGGGUGCCUACAAGCACCUGGUUAUCAACAUUCUCUUCAAAUGCACUGACCCAAGCCCUGCGAUGACUGAGAGGAUCCAUACAUAUAGACUGUGCCCUUGGUAAAAUCUAGAGAUGAAAGACCUGUAUCACAAGGAGUUAAAAGGAUAGAAAAAUAUAUAGAUCAUCGGGCCCUAGAUAUUACUAUAACAGGCAAAAUAUUUCCAUAUGUGACUACUCUUCCUUUUUAACUCCAUGGCUGUUUAAGAGAGCUGUGACCAACUUUACAAUGCAUCUGGCAUCCAAGCAGUUAAUGUAGUAAUGAAAAAUCAGCAUUACUGUGGAGGAUUGGGGAGGUCUGAGUACUUAGUUUAACAUUGUAUGGUAUGGUAAUGUACAAAUGCAUUGGUACAGGAAAGCUAAUAAUUCAUUCUUAGCACAUUGUGAGCAACCAAGCAAAGACAGUAUUUUACCUUUCUGUUAUAAGAUAGAUAGUGUUUAUACCAUACUCAAUACGGUAUGUCAAUCAUCAGGUGAUAUUUAUUAGAUUUAAAAAUCAGAUAAUGUGUUUUUUUAUCUUCUGCAAUGUAAAAAGCCGAUAUAAAGUAAUUUUUUUAAUUAUUGCCCCAAACACACAUACACAAAUAUAUUAAUAAUAUGCUUAGGAAGAUUUGUUUCUUUGUAAGCUAAAAAUUGUUUAUUCAUGAAUUGAUUUAUGUUCUGUUAAUACAGUGUAUUAGUAUCAAUAUGAAAGAUUUAUUUUUACAAUAAAGUGUGUGUCUUUAUCCACAAUAUAAAUGUUGUGUUGGGUUAAUAAAUGCUGCUUGUUACUCUUUGUACAAUAUAUUUACAAAGGUAAGUUAAUUUACUAUAUUGAGAAAAAAACAAUCUCUAUGAUUCCUAAGUUAUUUAAUGAAUAUGAAAAAGGAAAUGGAGACACUGUUCUCACUUGAGCAAAAAGACCAUAGCUAAUGUAUCCUAAAGAUACAUAACUGCUAUUCACUAAACAAACUUUAAUUGAUGUUCAGUGAUGAGGAAUGCUGCUAAAGAUAAAAAGACCCAGAUGCGACUGUUAAUGAUGAUUUGUGACACAUAUCUUGUUAUGUAUUGUUUAUAGCCAGUAUUAAAAGAAAUAAAACCUUUUCUAGGGGCCUAUUUAUUAAUGUGCGAGCAGACAUGAUGCGAUGUAGCGUAUCAUGUCCGCUGCACAUCGAUAAAUGCCGACAGCAUACGCUGACGGCAUUUAUCAUUGCACCAGCAGUUCUUGUAAACUCCCCCUGUAGAUUCGUGGCCAAUCGGCCGCUAGCAGGGGGUGUCAAUCAUCCCGAUCGUAUUCGAUCAGGUUGAUUUCUGUCCGCUGCCUCAGAGCAGGCUGACAGGUUAUGGAGCAGUGGUCUUUAGGCCGCUGCUUCAUAACUUCUGUUUCCCGCGAGCCUGAAGGUUCACACGAAAACAGGGGCAUCAAGCGUCAUACGGACCUUGAUAAAUAUGCCCCAUAGUCUCAAUUCUGUCAUGUGACACUGUUUUUAUCUGUUUUAAAAAGUACAAUGAACUGGAUAACAAUGUCACUAGUUCACCUUAUUGUUCCUGUGCUGACCUUGCAGAUAAUGUGCAACAUCAGCCUAUAUCCUGCAUUUGCUGUCGUGUCCCAUCACCACUUUGUAUGUUAAUGUGCUGAAAAAUGUGCAAAAUGAUUGUAAAUUAGAUUAUUUUGUUAUUUGGAAAUAAAGAUUUUAUAUUCUUUAAAAA